UUCCUUUUCUCUUUAGGUAUGACAGUAAUGAUCUUCUCUCUAACUCUCGGAACUCUUGUUGGCAAUCUUUGGACAGAGCUUGAUUGGCUUCCACAGCUUGGUAUCUUCCAUGCGCUUGUAGGGAUUGGGGCGCUUCUUUCCCGGAUUUGGCAUAAACUCAAUCAAUGCCCUUCUGAUCCAAAAGAGCGUGUACAUCGUUCGCGUCUCUACAUUGCUUUGCUGGCUUUGGGGUUUUGCCUUGGACGUUUGUGUAGUUAUUUGUUGCCAGUGAUAGCACCGAGAUUGCUUGCUCCGUUCGUGAUUGCCUUUUUGAUUGAUAACAAGCUGAAGUUGACUCGCGGUGGUCGUGUUGAAUUCUUCAUUGCCUUUGCUGUGCUGAUGAUUGUGGGGAGUUGGCUUCUUCUGUUUGUGUGCAGACAGACUAGCUAUUUCAAUAUCCUUCUACUGUUCAUUGUAAUUGCUGUCAAGAUUGGCUUCUUCUAUGGACACUUCCAAAUCAUCUACUAUAUCCACUGUGCCCACACGGACGAACUUCGCAAACAAAAGGAGGCAUCAACAAAAGAAGAUAAGGCCAAAACCCCUCCAGACCAACCGCCAAAGGGUGGAUGUUGCAGUGGAGAUGGAAGCGCCGCUCCUGAAGAGGAAAAGAAUAUUGGCUUUGAUCAAUGGAAAUGUAUUAGCCACUUCUCGUAUAUUCUGGCUUCUGUUGUUGUCGAUACGUUGAUGGCCUUUUUUCUUGGAUAA